CUGACGCUGUUAGAUGGAUGGAUGGUGCUAAUUUUUUGCACCCAGAUUGCUGAUGCUGUUAGAUGGAUGGAUGGAUUUGUUAGAUAGAUGGAUGGAUGGAUUGAUUGUUGAAUACAGCUUAUUUGCCUAUUUACAAAAAUGAAGAACUAGAAAGAGAUAUCCACAAGCAUAAUUUUCACUAAUAAUUCUAGUGUUGGGCACUUGGGUAUACAUUUCUUUAUUUUGGUUUGGAGCCGUUCAACAAUAUGGCAGUAUGAAUAUCAUUGUUUUCUAAUGUAUUGGUAUGUGAAUUCCUGGUACAUGACACUAUUUUCUAUGAUGAUGCUAAUUUAAGAUGGAGAAAGUCAAAGAACCCAAAGCAAAUUGGGAUAGUGCUGCUCAUACAAUUUUUAUGAAUGCGUGCGUAGAGGAGGUUCGAGCAAAUAACCGCAACGGUGGUUAUUUGUCGGACAUAGGACAAGCUAAUUUGCAUAAAAAGUUCAACGAACGCUCUGGAAGAAACUAUUCGACCCGGCAAAUCAAAAAUAGGUGGGGUGUAUGUAGAAGCGAGUACAACACAUGGAAGACAUUGAUCCAGCAAGCAUCUGGCUUAGGAAGAGAUGAGCAUACACACACUAUUGCAGCUACAAAUGAGUGGUGGGCAUUGGAGAUAAAGGCACAUCCAGAAGCUGCCAAGUUUCGCUAUGCUCCACUAGCGGAGGAGGAAAAAAUGUUAGACGUUUUCGAUACUACUUGUGUCACAGUUGGGAUAUAUGAGACAUUCAACCAUCAACAUUCUUCAUUGCGAAAUGUCAACGAAAGAACAUUUGGUGUUCUCAAGAUGAAAUGGCGAAUUCUUGAAGAUGGAGGCAUACCUCGGUACAAACCGGAGACCCAAAAGAUGAUUGUCACUGCAUGCAUGUGUCUCCAUAAUUGGAUUCGUGAUAGCAAGUUACGUGAUGAGCAUUUUGACAAGUUCAACAAUGAUGCAUAUGUGCAACCUCCAUUGGCGUUUACAGGUGUCAAUGCUCUACCACCAGAAGAUGAUGGUACCAUGAACGCAGUACGCGAGGCGAUUGCUUCUAGUCUCGUACCUUGAGAUUAUCCUUUUUUUAGUUCAUCCACUUUUGUAAUGAACAAAUCUUUAAAUCCAUUUAAAUGUAAUAUUUAGCACUUUUUAUGACAUUCGGAA